AUGGAGUCUCUGAAAUUUACUAGUUUAAUCCCAUGCAAAGCAUCCGUAAAUCUGAUUCCAACUACUAAAUUUGUGAAUCAUGAGGUGAUUGGGCAAGUGGGUUUUGUUCCUCUGUGGAAAAGAAGUACAAGACCGGCUUUGAGGCUUAGAGCACAAGUUUCAGGUGGAAGUGGCGGUGCCCAAGACGGGGCUUCAGCACUUGAAGACCAGAGGGAGGAAAAAGGUGUUCUUUUGGGCGCCGAGACGGAUAGCUCUGGCUCUGUUAUUGGGUUUAACUUGAUUCCUUCCAAUGGUGAACUCAAAGUCCUUGACUCUCCUCCUGAAGAUGCAACGUCUGAUAGAGUGGACGAAACAGAGGACAUAGAUGGCAAAGAAAAAUCCAAAGCAAAAGUAACACGCAACAUUGUGUUUGUUACUGCUGAAGCUGCACCUUAUUCAAAGACAGGAGGCUUAGGAGAUGUUUGUGGUUCUUUGCCUAUUGUUCUAGCUGCACGUGGACACCGUGUUAUGGUUGUCUCUCCUAGAUAUCAAAAUGGUGCUGCUGCAGACAAGAAAUUUUCUGGUGCUCUUGAUUUGGAUACCCACAUCAAGAUCUAUUGUUUUGGAGGAGACCAAGAAGUUGCUUUCUUCCAUGAAUACAGGGAAGGUGUUGAUUGGGUAUUUGUGGACCACCCAUCAUUCCAUAGACCUGGAAAUCCAUAUGGAGAUAGUUUUGGUGCAUUUGGUGAUAAUCAGUUUCGGUUCACUUUACUUUGCCAUGCAGCAUGUGAAGCACCAUUGGUGCUUCCAUUGGGAGGAUACACCUAUGGGGAAAAAUGCCUAUUUAUGGUCAAUGACUGGCAUGCAGGCCUUGUGCCAUUACUUUUGGCUGCCAAGUAUCGUCCAUAUGGAGUUUAUAAGGAUGCCCGAAGUGUUGUUGUAAUUCAUAACCUUGCACAUCAGGGAGUGGAACCUGCAGUAACAUUCAAGAAUUUGGGGAUACCUCCAGAGUGGUAUGGAGCACUGGAAUGGGUGUUUCCAACAUGGGCAAGGACCCAUGCUCUUGACACAGGUGAAGCAGUGAACAUCCUAAAGGGUGCAAUUGUGACAUCUGAUCGGAUUCUGACAGUCAGCGAGGGAUAUUCCUGGGAAAUAACAACCGUUGAAGGCGGAUAUGGUCUAAAUGAGCUACUAAGCAGUAGAAAGAGUAUUCUCACUGGAAUCACAAAUGGCGUUGAUGUGGUUGAAUGGGACCCAUCUUCUGAUGUGCAUAUUGCUUCCCACUAUUCUGCUGAUGAUCUUUCCGGAAAGGUUCAAUGCAAGCUUGCUUUGCAGAAGGAAUUAGGUCUUCCCAUUAGGCCUGAUUGCCCAUUGAUUGGAUUCAUUGGGCGACUGGACUACCAGAAAGGCAUUGACCUGAUUCAGUCGGGAAUGCCACAGCUUAUGGAAGAUGAUGUGCAAUUUGUUAUGCUGGGGUCUGGGGACCCACUGUGUGAAGAUUGGAUGAGAGCAGCAGAAGCAACAUAUAAAGAUAAAUUCCGCGGUUGGGUUGGAUUUAAUGUCCCAGUUUCUCAUAGAAUAACUGCAGGCUGUGACAUACUCUUGAUGCCCUCAAGAUUCGAGCCCUGUGGACUAAAUCAGUUGUACGCAAUGAGAUAUGGAACUGUACCAGUGGUUCAUAGCACAGGAGGACUUAGAGAUACAGUAUUGAAUUUUAAUCCAUAUGCUCAAGGUGGCCAAGGCGACGGGACAGGGUGGACUUUCUCUCCACUGACAAAAGAGAGCAUGUUGGCGGCGCUAAGACUUGCAUGUAGGACUUUCACAGAGUAUAAGCCUUCUUGGGAGGGAUUGAUGAAAAGAUGUAUGGAGAGAGACUUCACAUGGGAAAGUGCUGCGGUUAAGUACGAGCAGGUCUUCGAAUGGGCAUUUAUCGACCCACCGUACGUUGGCUGA